CCGUUAGCAAGGAUACACGUACAAAGGAUUGCAGGCAGGCUUGACAUUGGAAGCUUGUCGUGUUUCGGGUCGUUUCGGGUUUUCGGCUUUGAGUUUUCGGUUUUCCGCUUUUCAGCUUUUCCUGCUGCUCGAGACUCGAGUUUGGAGUUUCCCCGACAACGCUUUCAGUUCGUGGCUAGACUUUGGAGCGUGCUGUGCUUGGAAAACUCAGACGCGUGUGUUUGUGAAGCCUAAUCUUUGUAAAUUACCUGUAAUAUUGGAAAAUGUAAAAUAAAAAUAUUCCUACGCUCUAACUAUAAUAAACAGAAAAUCAAAAAAAGAAACUUAAUCAACGCUUAAGCCUAAAACCUAAAACCAAAACCAUACCGGAGGAAAGUGAAACUUCUACUGCUCUCUAGUCGCUAUAUUGCCCCACAAAAUGCUGCCAAACCGCGCCUGAGCCAGAGCCUGAGCCUCAACCUGAACCUGAGCCGCAAAACCACAAACAAAAGAAACAAAAAGGCCAGAACACAUCUGUGAUCAUAGACAUAGCAACGAGCCAAGCCGCGGAGAACACAGGACACAGAAACCAAAAGCUAUAUAGCCACACAGCCAAAAAUGAGCGGAAGGGAGAGCGGCAGGGAGACAGCAGCCAACAGCAGCAUCCUGCCAGACCGCAACUGAGCGAUUUAUAAAGCCGCAGACCCUCCUCCCAGGACCGGAUAAUCAAAAUCAAUUGCUCGGGCAGCAAAUCAAGGCAGAAAAAGCAGAAGCAAAGCACACCAAAACUACGGAGCAGCACAUACACCAAAGGAGGCUGUAAUGACGACAAUUGACGCGAUGUAGCGCAGACUUAUGGUCGGCGAACGCGACAGGGACCGUGAGGCGGUACGCUGGGCAACGGGUGAAUCAACACCGCUUCAAACCAAUAAUGGAGUAUUACAAAUGGUCGGGCAAUUGCAUGGUGGACAGGCUGCUGGCCAACAACAGCAGCAGCAACAGCAACAAUCGACUCAGCAACUUACAAAGCAGCAACAGCAUCAACAGCAACAGCAGCAACAACACAAGCAACAUCAACAACAACAGGAUCUCCUCUAUCAGCAACAUCACGAGGCAAUUGCAAUUGCAAGGGGACUGCAGGCUGCAACACCUGCCGACCUCGGCGAUAAUCAGCCCUACUACGAUACAAGCGGUAAUGUCGAUUGGGAGAGAGCGAUGGGAGCCGGUGGAGCUGGUGCAUAUGGUGGGCUCGGGAUCGGAUCUGUCGCAACAGGUGGCGGCGCUGGUUAUCACCUUGGACCUGCUGGUGCCGCUCGCCACCUGGAUUAUUCUGAUGGCGGCCACCUUGCUGGCUCAUCCGCCGAGGGAGUCCUGGGAGCAGCUGCUCAAGGCAUUCCUGUCGGAUCUGCUGGCGGCUCAGGUGGAUCCGGAUCAGGCGGCGGUGGAGGAGGAGGAGGAACUGGAGGACCUCCACAAUCGGGCAAAGAAGUUCGCUACGCUCCAUUCCCAGUCGCAUCACCAACGCACUCGAAUCCGAAUCCCACAACUUCCCAGCAGACUCAGCCCAGCGGUGGAGGCGGCGGUGGUAGCAGCAGCGGUGGUGGCGGUGGGGGAGGGGGCGUCGGUGGUGCUAGCACCCAGUCGAUUAUCGGCGGCAUUACACAGCAGAGCAACACCACCGGCGCCCUGCAGCGGACACAUUCCAGAUCCAUGUCCUCCAUACCGCCGCCCGAGCCGUUCAUGAUAGCCCAGUCGAAACAGCUGAACAGCCGCGUCAGCAUCAACGUGGGCGGGGUGAGGCACGAGGUCCUGUGGCGGACCUUGGAGCGGCUGCCUCACACGCGGCUCGGGCGGUUGAGGGAGUGCACCACCCACGAAGCCAUCGUGGAGCUGUGCGACGAUUACUCGCUGGCGGACAACGAGUACUUCUUCGACCGCCACCCGAAAAGCUUCAGCUCGAUCCUGAAUUUCUACCGCACCGGCAAGCUGCACAUCGUGGACGAGAUGUGCGUGCUGGCGUUUAGUGAUGAUCUGGAGUACUGGGGCGUCGACGAACUGUACCUGGAGUCCUGUUGCCAGCACAAGUACCACCAGCGCAAGGAGAACGUUCACGAGGAGAUGCGCAAGGAGGCCGAGUCCCUGCGACAGCGGGACGAGGAGGAGUUCGGCGAAGGUAAAUGCGCCGAGUACCAGAAGUAUCUGUGGGAGCUCCUCGAAAAGCCCAACACGAGCUUCGCCGCCCGGGUUAUCGCAGUGAUAUCCAUACUAUUCAUAGUCCUGUCUACCAUAGCCCUGACGUUGAACACCCUACCACAACUACAACACAUUGACAACGGUACACCACAGGAUAAUCCGCAAUUGGCAAUGGUUGAGGCCGUGUGUAUCACGUGGUUCACUCUAGAGUACAUACUUAGGUUUAGCGCCUCGCCGGACAAGUGGAAGUUCUUUAAGGGCGGCCUUAACAUAAUCGAUCUAUUGGCAAUACUCCCAUACUUUGUCUCGUUAUUUCUAUUGGAAACGAAUAAGAAUGCAACGGACCAGUUCCAGGAUGUGCGUCGGGUGGUGCAGGUCUUUCGCAUCAUGCGCAUCCUGCGAAUCCUUAAGCUGGCCCGUCACUCAACGGGCCUGCAGUCGCUAGGCUUUACGCUGCGUAACUCAUAUAAGGAACUCGGUCUACUAAUGCUGUUCCUGGCCAUGGGCGUUCUCAUAUUUUCUUCGCUGGCAUAUUUUGCCGAAAAGGAUGAAAAGGAUACAAAAUUCGUUUCAAUACCGGAAACAUUUUGGUGGGCGGGUAUUACAAUGACAACUGUUGGCUACGGGGACAUCUAUCCCACAACUGCACUGGGAAAGGUUAUUGGUACUGUGUGUUGCAUAUGCGGUGUUCUGGUAAUCGCUUUGCCUAUUCCCAUCAUCGUUAACAAUUUUGCUGAAUUUUAUAAGAAUCAGAUGCGACGCGAAAAGGCCCUCAAGCGGCGCGAGGCUCUCGAUCGUGCCAAACGCGAGGGCAGCAUUGUCUCCUUCCAUCAUAUCAAUCUGAAAGACGCCUUCGCCAAGUCCAUGGAUCUCAUCGAUGUGAUUGUCGACACAGGAAAGCAAACAAAUGUCGUGCAUCCGAAGGGUAAAAGACAAAGCACCCCCAAUAUAGGCAGGCAGACCCUCGAUGUGCAAAGCGCUCCAGGCCACAAUCUUUCGCAAACGGAUGGGAACAGCACCGAGGGCGAGUCUACCAGCGGACGGAAUCCGGCGACCACCGGUACCGGAUGCUACAAGAACUACGACCACGUAGCCAACCUGCGCAACUCCAACCUGCAUCACCGUCGCGGUUCGAGCUCCGAACAGGAUGCUGUGCCACCGUACAGCUUCGACAAUCCCAACGCCCGCCAGACCUCGAUGAUGGCCAUGGAGAGCUAUCGAAGGGAGCAGCAAGCCCUGUUGUUGCAGCAGCAGCAACAGCAACAACAGCAACAACAGCAGCAGCAGCAACAGAUGCUGCAAAUGCAACAGAUGCCACAGAAGCCCAGCAAUGGAACCGCAGCCGGAAGCGGAGUGGCCAACAAUCUGGCCAUGGUGGCGGCCUCGAGUGCGGCUACCGCUGUGGCGACCGCCAGUGGCAGCAGCACCGCUCCAGGAGGAGGAGCAGAGGGCGGCACUGAAGAUGGGGGCGUGGUUGAUGAGGACAACCUGUCGCAGGCAAAGGGCCUGCCCAUCCAGAUGAUGAUUACGCCCGGGGAAGUGGCCGAGCUGCGUCGCCAGGUAGCCCUGGAGAACCUCCAGAAUCAGAGGAUGGACAACCUGGAGCAGGAUGUGCCCGUGGAAUUCGAAUGCUGCUUCUGCACGACCAAGGACUUCAAGGAGUACACCGAUGCGGAGGGCGUGAUAUCGCUUCCAACUUCCGACUUCCACAAGCCGAUCUGUCUGGAGAUGCGACUGGCGGCGGCAAAUCGACAAGCGGGUGCCUUCGGUCUCCUGGCUCCGCCCCCGGCAGGACCGGCUGCUGCCUUCCAAGGACCUCUGCUGGCACUGCCACCACCUCCGCCGCCUCCGCCACCCGCAACCCUGCUGCCAGCCAUCUCACAGUCUUCGUCUACGUCCUCGUCAUAUGGAACCACCACCUCCACCACGAUUGCGCUGCCCCUCGAUGCCGCAUCCAUGAGAUACGGACCCUCCAUCUGCAGUACGUCCAACUUCAAUCACAACUACAACAACAAUUUCAACACCACCACGGUAGGUGGAGGUAACGGGGCGAUGCUCCUCUUCGGGGGCAACUUCGGAGGCAACUUCGGUGGCAACUACAGCAACAACGGGAACAACAACAACAACGCCGAUCUGGCCAGUGUUGACAGCUCGGACACAUACGCGAGUUGCCAGACGCACCCGUUCCUCUCUCAGGGCGACCUAACGGCGGACUUCAACGACGAGGCCUGCGCCCUGGACAUCGACAUGGACAACCUGUACAUAAAUCCGCUGGAGCGGGAGCACCAGCACCACCACCAGGGCAUCAGCAGCUCCACGGGAUUCAUUGUGGGCCUGCCCAGCACCCAGACGGCGACGGGCGGCAUACGGACACAAGUGAAGAAGAGCGCCUCCGGGGACACGGCCCUCCGGAACUUGGCAGCCGGCGUUGGGGGUGCCACCUCGCCACUGGACGAUGUCUAUCAGAGUUUUGAUGUCCAGGAGCGGGGCAGCCGGGUCAGCCUGAACGAGAACUCAGUGCCAAAGCACCGCAAGACGCGGUUCCAGCAGAGCUUCACCCAGGUUCUCCGUCCGACCGUCGGACUCCGACCACGUGCCCGUUUCGAGGACACCAAGCUUGACGACGAGGCCCUGGGCCGCCUGGAAGCUGUAGCAUCGGGAAAUUCAGCCGCUUCCGGGUCCUCUUCCGGAUCCGGACUGAAGAAGAAGCGCUCGGUUUUCAUGCCGGGCAAGAGCUUAGCCACUGCCACCAAACUGAUCAACCAGCAUUUGUUUGGCAUUCAGAACGUGGGCGCCAAAGCCAAGUUCGAGAGCAAGCAUUCCUCAUCGAUAGACUCUAUUGAUGCCUCGCCCAAUCUGGAGCAUCACCGGCGCUCCAAGUCGAUACUGAAAAACAAGUCUGAUGUCUCACGCGUCCUAUCCGAUCCGGAGAGCGAACGCCUCCUGGCGGACAACAUGUCCGGCUCCGGCGUCUCUGACAAUGGCACCGUAAUGGGCGAAUCCGGCAGCGAUUACUCACCGAAUAAAUUACCUCAUUCAGUUUUAGCUAAGUCUAUAUCCCCACCACCCCUUAGGCACCGCACCCUUAUGCACCAGCGCUCAGGACCAGCGAACUUGCAAUCGAAGCCCACAAAGUUCCAGACACCGCGCUAUCCCGAGGAGCAGGCUCUACGUCAAGUGAAGCCGUUGCUCUCCCGAGGAGCUCCGACCCCAUCCACGUCUGCCUCUGCUUCCGCAUCUGCGGAUGGUGGCCAACCAACAAGGGACAGUAGUCUGGACUCGGAGACGACCUUCACAUCGCCAGUGAGCAGUCGAACAGUCGAGGAUCCUCCUGCAGUGGCCGGCCAAGUAUCCCAAGACGAUGCCCAGGACGAGGAGGGAGAGGCCGAGGACAACGACGAGCAGAGGGCUCUACUGCAGAAGGGUGAUGGAAAAGACAAGGACGGGGGGGAUGGAAAUGGAAGGGAUAGUGCGGGGACCGAGGCCACGUAGCAAUAAGGACACAAACACACACACAGACUUUCGGAGUCUCACAGACAGAGCGCCAAGUAGUUAAAAAUAUAUGUAAAGAUAUAUAGAAACCUAUUCCAAGGAAAUCCACACAAAAACACACAAACAUACAAAAGGGAAAACUCAAAGUGAUAGCAAAGUUAGCAAACAUGGAAUGUGAAUUAUAUAAAAGCAAUGAACAGUAUCCUAGUCUAGGGCAGAAAGGAUAGGAAGAAUGGAUCCUCGUGGCAGAGAAUGCGAUAUGCAUAUUUUUACAAAAAAGGAAGUGCAGCCCAAGAUGCCGCGAAAGUCGUACAAAAAAAAAAUGAAAGACGGAAAACAUGAGAGUAGAGAAUCGAAAAUCAGAGCCAGCGUAUAAUAUUAAUAUUAAAAUACUACAAAAUCUCAAAUCUAUAUGUAUAUGCUAAAUUGGCGAAAUGUGUAAAUAGCAGAGCCCUAUCCACUCUUGUACAGAGCAACCUUUAUUUACAGCCUUCAGAACACAGCUAACUCAAAUUAUAUAGACGAAACGAAAUCACCAGAAAAGCCUAAAUAGCAACAAAGAAAUAUUCAUAUUUUGAAUGCCACUUAAAAAUAUAUACAAUAUAUAUAAAGAGUAUACACGCAUCGCAAUUGCAUCUCGCAUAUUUACACAUUAUAUAUACAAUCUAUAUGGGUCGCAUACGGAAUAUAUAUAUAGCUCGAACUAUUUUUCAAAAACACGCGCUAAAAACACCGCAACACCCACAGAUCGGAUAGAUAUAUAGUCGAGAAAAGGGACAUAUAACAUAUACAUAUAGCCAUGCAUAUAUCUGUAUGUAAAAUCGCUAGUUCGCGUAUCGUUAACAAAAAAAAAAAAAAAAAAAAUUGUCAUAAUGUCAAAAAAGUAGUUGAAAAUCGUUGGAUUGAACCAGUUCGUUUCUAUAUGUAUAAGUAUAUGUGCGUGUGAGUAGGACCUAGGGCUUACCGAUAGAGCUUGGCUUGGCUUAUCCUCCCCCAUCCCCACCUGAUUUAAUGGCUAGUUAUA